CCUAUAAGAAGUAGUCCAAACUAAGGAAAAAUGUAUAUGUCAAACCCCUAAAGGAUCCUUCAAUUCAUUCUUUUGCUUCGAUACCAGGUGGUCGUCCUCGCCGGCGGGGAGGGAGGAGAGGACAGUUGAUUGUCGACUGGAGGAGGAAUUAAGCGCCAGCGCAGCAACCAGGCCUUACAUCCAUGUCAAAUGUCAAAAAUUAAUGAAGAAUUUGAAACGACUUGUGGUUUGAAUUUUUGAUCUUCUGAACACAUCGAGUAGAUGCCUGGGAGGCAAGAGUUAAGAGAGACAACAAAGAUGCCUGCAAAUUGUUGGUUUGAUUGGAGCAACACCUAAAUUUUCCAGAAAUGUAACUAUAUAUAUAUAUAUUAGUACAAGUGUUUCAACACUGUGUCAGACGCUAUAGUAGCCGGGAAAACCAUACAUGUAUUGGAUAAAGGCUUCCUGCUGCACCGUGUGGUGGGGCCAACUGAUCUAGUUUUCUCCAAAAUCUGUGAAAUGUAAGCUAUAUCAAUUACAUAUUUUACUACCACACCUCUGCGUCUGUCAUUCUAUUUGACGGAUACUGUCAAUAAUCCACCAGCACUACACAUGUGGAGCGCUGUAGGAGGGCAGCGAAGAAGCAUGCCGUUGAAUUGGACUUCACUGAAGACAUGUCACCAAAGGUCACUCAAGAACACUUCCUGGCAAAUGACUGCAACAAAAGUCACGUGAUUUCCGCUUUGAGGGUGGAAAUAAAUGAGGUCCAAAUUGUGUCAUAUCAAGCGGAGGUGGACGCUGACAGACUGAUUGUCACCACCACCACCUCAUUGUCAUCUGAUCACAAUACAGCGACAGUUGUGAGGGGGAUUUAGAUCUCCUUUUACUUUUGAUAGGCAUAUCAGCUUCAACCAACGUCUACUUCCACAAACCAGGCAGAGGGAGAGCCUUUCUAUGUUUUCAUCCAAACACAGCAUUGAAUGAAUUGCUAUCUCAGCGUAUCUUUUUCUUUCACAUUGUAAACGGAUGUGAUGCUGCAUCCGCCUUGUUUCACCAAGAAAAGGCGAAAACCUUAAAAACUUUGGACAAAACCCCCGACCUCAGCCUUCCGUUACUGUCCUUUAAAAAUAUUUACAAAGACAGUGAUGUCAAAGCCAUCUUUACAGCUGGCAAAAAAUUUAUAUCUGCCUUAUAUACUGUGGAAACAAGAACGUGCCUCUUUAUGAGCUGUGAUACAAAUACUAUAAGUCUGAAGCUUAUAAAUCCACUUCAAAUAUUGCCACUCUACUCCCAAUCAGAGCGGCAGCACACACAAAAUUUUCUGCACGUUUAUGUGUAAGUGCAGCUCUGGAGGGACCAGCCAGUUGCAUGGUGGGAUCCGAAAAAGUUUGGGCGGAGGCGUACAAGCAACGGCCUACAGCUCAUUACUUCCAACUAGCCCCAUUCACCUGACAAGCUCCUUCAACUGGUUGCAUGCAAGUGCAUAAUGGGUGCGGAAUGGUAAUGUGCGGAUGCAAGAAGCUGGGCUGUACUGUUCUAACAUGUGUGAGUCGUGUGAAGCAUCCUGCAGCAAUGUACAUUGCUGUGAUCUCCAAGAGGAAGAAGAUCUAUAUGACAAACUUAAGCCACCUGUUCAAGGCGCGGUGAUCGACCACCACACGCCCUACUGGGAGCAGCCCUUCUCGCAGCCCUACUUCGACAACUCGACGCGGCGCGAGACCACCACGACGGUGGGGCAGAGCGCCUACCUGCACUGCCGCGUGCGCAACCUGGGCGACCGCGCGGUGUCGUGGAUCCGCAAGCGGGACCUGCACAUCCUCACCGUCGGCAUCCUCACGUACACCAACGACCAGCGCUUCCAGUCGCUGCACUCGGACGGCACCGACGAGUGGACCCUCAAGGUCAGCUCGCCGCAGGUGCGCGACUCGGGCGUGUACGAGUGCCAGGUCAGCACCGAGCCCAAGAUCAGCCAGGCGUUCCGGCUCAGCGUGGUCGUGUCCAAGGCGAAGAUCCUGGGCAACCCGGAGCGCUACAUCAAGAGCGGCAGCGACAUCAACCUGACGUGCGUGGUGCUGCAGACGCCCGACCCGCCGUCCUUCAUCUACUGGUACCGCGGCGCGCACGUGGUCAACUACUCGCAGCGCGGCGGCAUCAGCGUGGUCACCGAGAAGCAGACCCGCACGUCGCGCCUGCUCAUCUCGCGCGCGCUGCCGCAGGACUCGGGCAACUACACGUGCGCGCCGUCCAGCUCCGACUCGGCCAGCGUCGUCGUGCACGUGCUCAACGGAGAACACCCCGCGGCCAUGCAGCACGGCAACAGCAGCAGUGGCGCCGCCACGCGCCAGUUGUCGGUACUGAUCUUCCUGCUGUGUCCCGUGACGUCACAGUGGUCACUCGCGGCGGCGAGGUGAUAAACGCGGACACACGAGACUGGAAGUUUCGGUUACUUUCCUACACUGUUGCCUGAACGUGAGAGUUAUGCUGGUGGACUGUGCAUUACUGUCGUGAGAGUUUUAGUGGACUGUGCAUUACUGUCGUGAGAGUUUUGGUGGACUGUGCAUUACUGUCGUGAGAGUUUUGGUGGACUGUGCAUUACUGUCGUGAGAGUUUUGGUGGACUGUGCAUUACUGUCGUGAGAGAUUUGGUGGACUGUACGGUAUUUUUUUUGGUGAGAUAUUUGAUACAAAAAUUGAAGAAGUGAUAUCGAACUGAUUUUUAACAGUUUCUGAUUUCCUCGCGUUUGUGUGUGUGCGUGCAAAUAUGCAGGAGGUGCGGGUGUGUCGUCGAACUGUUAACGUGACAGCAUAGAGUAUGUAGGGAUAAGAAGAGUAUGUUUGUGAAGCAACGAAACCAAUUUUUAAAAUACCAUGCUCAGCAAAAAAUAUUAUUACACGAAAUUUUAUGAGUAAUAACGUGUUAAAAGUUUCUGGAAAUACUCGUUACGUUGGUUUACAAAACUGUGUUUUACUUCACGAUGAAUCACAAGCUUAAUAUUUUAGUAACGAAUAAUUAAUUCAUUACAUGUACUUGGAAACCGCUGAUUUAAUUUCAAAGACUGUUUUUAAAUUUAAAUAGACGUGAAAGACGCUUAAGAACUAUUUAUAAUUUUUGUUCUCAAAUAUAUUGUAUUUUUAAUUUUAAAAUCAUUUCAAACAAACUUUUAUUUUUACAGCGAACCUUUAAAUGUAUUUCGCCAAAUCUCAAAGAGUGUAACUAUUUUGCAAGCCAAUUAAAUCCUUGUUUACGACUGCCAGUCAUGCUUGUUGUUGUGAAUGUUACAAAAUAAAUUCUCA